GCCAACAAGAUUUUGAAUAAUGCGCCCUGCGUACGAACAAAUAGCGGAUUGUUUGCAUGCCAAGCUCGGAGGGUAACAACCAUGAAAGAGCUGGCGCACAAUAGUAGUCUCAUAUGUAAAGGGAUAUAUAUCUCCGGUCACCUAUAUAAGGCUGGGGGUACUCUACAAAAUGACAUCAUCUGAUCAUCCCUCUCAUAGUAACCUCACUACUAUUAGAUUGACAUAGAGAAUUCACCCACCACCAUCCAUUACUCAUUUGUAACCCGAGCAUCAUCAGCAAACUCAGUACUCAGCACCAAUAUGAUGUAUGGUAUUACGCAUUUCGAUGGCUCGAACUUGUAUAAUCAUUUUGUCUUCCGAUGUGCUUCCACAUAUACCAUUGAGUCGUGAUCAACAACGUCGUCCUAUCCAAAAACAUCACGCGGGAUACUGAGCGAUGCGCAAUCGGGUCACAGCCACACCAAAAGUGUCCUCAUUCGACAUUUGAUCAGAGCUACAGAUGACUCUUCAAUUAAAUUCGAUUUCUAAUUUCUUAGAGGAGAUAUACCGUAUGUCCCGUAUCUAGACUAUGCUAUAAAAAAACUAUAAAAGUUGGGCUCCCUCCAAUCCAAUCCGAGUAUCUGACGCUCCUCACUGUCCUUGUCACUCUCACUGGCUCACCGUCACGUCACCGCCCAGAUCGCACCGUACACACAAAAUGCGAAGGCCGCCCAAGCCCAAGCGAGUGGCGGCGGCGGCCAAGCUUCCCCUCCCCCUCACCGCCACCUUCCUCUCCCUCGUCCUCCUGCCGCUCGGCUUCGUCGCCACCCACAGGGCAUUCUCCGGCGUCGUCUCCGCGGCCUCGACGCCCGCAGCCAAGCGUGUUCUUCUCGAGGACGACGGCCGUGCCAGUCGUGGAGCCGCAGCCAAUGCCAGCGCCGGCGCCGAGCACGCGGCCGCCGUGGAGCGGCACUGCGCGGGCACGCUGCACCGCGACGUGUGCGCGUCGACGCUGGGCAGCAUCCCGGACCUGGCGCGGAAGCCGGCCCGCGAGGUGAUCUCGGCCGUGGUGGCGCGCGCGGCGUCGGCGGUGCGCGCGUCGGCGUCCAACUGCUCCGCGUACCUCCGGCGGCCCGCGGGGGCGCUGCGGGUGCGCGACCGCCUGGCGCUGGCCGACUGCGUGGAGCUGCUGGGGCACACGCUGGCGCAGCUGGGCACGGCGGAGGCGGAGCUGUCGGCGGGGAACUUCACCGCGGCGGAGGCGGAGGUGGAGUCCGAGUCCUUGGCGGCGGUCCAGACCGUGCUGUCGGCCGCCCUGACCAACCAGUACACGUGCCUGGACGGCUUCGCGGGGCCGUCGGCAUCGGAGGACGGCCGCGUCCGUCCCUACAUCCAGGGCCGCAUGUACCACGUGGCCCACCUCGUGUCCAACUCCCUGGCGAUGCUGCGGCGUCUCCCGCAGCGCCGGCGGCGGCGCCAGGGCAGAGGGGCACUGGAGCUGGAGGGGUACGGGCGCGUGCGGCGCGGGUUCCCGUCGUGGGUGUCGGGGGCGGACCGGAGGCGGCUGCAGCAGCAGCAGGUGGUCCCGGGGCCGGACCUGGUGGUGGCCAAGGACGGGAGCGGCAACUUCACGACGGUGGGGGAGGCGGUGGCGGCGGCCCCCAACAACAGCGAGACGCGGUUCGUGAUCUACAUCAAGGCGGGCGGCUACUUCGAGAACGUGGAGGUCGGGAGCGAGAAGACGAACCUGAUGUUCGUCGGCGACGGCAUGUGGAGGACGGUGAUCAAGGCCAGCCGGAACGUGGUCGACAACUCCACCACCUUCCGCUCCGCCACGCUAGCUGUGGUCGGCACGGGGUUCCUGGCGCGCGACCUGACGGUGGAGAACGCGGCGGGGCCGAGCAAGCACCAGGCGGUGGCGCUGCGCGUGAACGCCGACCUGUCCGCCUUCUACCGCUGCGCGUUCGCGGGGUACCAGGACACGCUGUACGCGCACUCGCUGCGCCAGUUCUACCGCGACUGCGACGUGUACGGCACCGUCGACUUCGUGUUCGGCGACGCGGCCGCCGUGCUGCAGGGCUGCAGCCUGUACGCGCGGCGCCCGUCCCCGGGGCAGAAGAACGUGGUCACGGCGCAGGGCCGCGAGGACCCCAACCAGAGCACGGGCAUCGUCGUGCAGGGCGGCAAGGUGGCGGCCGCCGCCGACCUGGCCCCGCUCGUCGCCAACGUCUCGUCCUACCUCGGCCGCCCCUGGAAGCGCUACUCCCGCGCCGUCUUCGCGCAGACCAAGUUGGAGGCGCUCGUCCACCCGCGCGGCUGGCUCGAGUGGAACGACACCUUCGCGCUCGACACGCUCUACUACGCCGAGUACAUGAACCGAGGGCCCGGCGCCGAUACCUCCGCCAGGGUGCCGUGGCCGGGAUACCACGUGCUCAACGACUCCGCCGACGCCGCCAACUUCACCGCGCUCGACUUCAUCCAGGGAGACAUCUGGCUCAACGCCACCUCAUUCCCCUACACGCUGGGAUUUACGUAGCUAUAGCUAGCUAGUACUACAACGUUCGAUUUUGCUUCGGGUUCUUCUUCUGGAAUACUAGUAUACUGCUGUGUUCUGCCAGCUCCAUCGAUCACUCAGGUUUUCGCUGUACGUAAUCCUGAGAGCUGGAUCUGCAUCCAUCUUCUACUACUGUAUGAUUCUUUGCUUAACGACGAUCGACAACGGCCUAAGGCUAGUCA